AAAAAAGGGUAUUUGCCCUAUUUUCGAUUUUUCUGCUUCUUUAUUCUUCUUCUUCCACGAGUCCCGACCGACCCUACCCAAUCAAAAUUAUUUCCCAAGUCACCCGCUCCAUAGUUCUCUGAUAUUUUCCUUUUAUUAUUUUCCCUCCAUUUUUUUUUUUUCACAAAAACCCUUCCCGACCUGUGGUCCCAAAUCUAAAACCUCAUCAUCCGAUAUCCAUCACCAUCACUCCGUUUCCCCCUUGUCUUUGCAUAAAUCGCUGGAACUCCCUCCGCCUCAUCUUCAUUUUCACAACCACGGCACGUUUAAUUGCUGCCCUCAUGGAGAGAGCGGCGGUGCUUCAUCGCCCACUCUCUCCCGGCGCCGGCGCCGGCGCCAGGAUGUUUACCCGUUCAAUUCACCGCCAACCUCGUCUCCUCCCACAGCACCGUUCGAUUGUCCCCAAGUUCAAUCGCGGUUCACCUCUCUUACUCCGCCAACACCUCCCGGUGCUCUCCACUCUAUCGUAUUCUUCUCGCCACUUCAGAACCGGUUUCAGCUCCUUCUCAGUUAGAGCUAUUGCUACCUCAUCCACCCAGCCGUCUCCCGAGGUUCUCGGUGCUGAUGAUGAAGUCGCGGCGAAGCUAGGUUUUGAUGUGGUUUCAGAGCAAUUCAUUGAAGAGUGUAAGUCUCGGGCGGUUUUGUACAAGCAUAGAAAGACUGGAGCUGAAAUUAUGUCGGUUUCCAACGAUGACGAGAAUAAAUGCUUUGGCAUUGUCUUCCGAACUCCUCCGAAAGAUUCUACUGGAAUUCCUCAUAUUUUAGAGCAUAGUGUCUUGUGUGGUUCAAGAAAGUAUCCUCUGAAAGAACCAUUUGUUGAACUACUAAAAGGGAGCUUGCACACUUUUCUCAAUGCAUUUACCUACCCGGAUAGGACAUGCUAUCCAGUUGCAUCCACGAAUGCCAAGGAUUUUUAUAACUUGGUGGAUGUGUAUUUGGAUGCUGUCUUCUUCCCUAAAUGUGUGGAGGACUUCCAAACAUUUCAACAAGAGGGUUGGCAUUAUGAGCUGAACGACCCUUCAGAGGAUAUCACCUAUAAAGGUGUCGUGUUCAAUGAAAUGAAAGGUGUUUAUUCCCAGCCUGAUAGCAUAUUGGGCCGGACUUCCCAGCAGGCUCUCUUUCCUGACAAUACAUAUGGUGUUGAUAGUGGUGGUGACCCACAAGUUAUUCCCAAACUUACUUUUGAAGAGUUUAAGGAUUUUCAUCGUAAAUAUUACCACCCCAGCAACGCCAAGAUAUGGUUCUAUGGAGAUGACGACCCAACAGAGCGUCUUCGUAUUCUAAGUGAAUAUCUGGAUCUGUUUGAUGCAAGUUCUGCUCCCCAGGAAUCAGUAGUUAAACCACAGAAGCUUUUCUCUGAGCCAGUUAGGGUUGUUGAGAAAUAUCCUGCUGCUGAAGGUGAUGACUUGCAGAAGAAACAUAUGGUAUGUCUUAAUUGGCUGCUCUCUGAAAAGCCGCUGGACUUGGAAACUGAGCUUGCCAUGGGGUUUUUGGAUCAUCUUCUAAUUGGCACUCCAGCCUCUCCCUUGAGGAAAAUUUUACUGGAAAGUGGCUUAGGAGAAGCUCUUGUUGGGGGUGGGAUUGAAGAUGAGCUUCUCCAGCCUCAGUUUAGUAUCGGAUUGAAGGGUGUCAAGGAAGAAGAUAUUCCAAAGGUGGAAGAACUGGUCAUGAAAACUUUACAAAAAUUAGCUGAAGAUGGUUUUGAUUCAGAUGCUGUUGAGGCAUCCAUGAAUACAAUAGAGUUCUCGCUCAGAGAAAAUAAUACUGGCUCUUUUCCGCGUGGCUUAGCGUUGAUGCUUCGUGCUGUUGGAAAAUGGAUUUAUGAUAUGGAUCCUUUUGAGCCACUGAAGUAUCAGAAACCUCUGAUGGACUUGAAAGCAAGAAUUGCAGAGGAAGGGUCCAAAGCAGUCUUUUCUCCUUUAAUUGAAAAGUACAUAUUGAGAAAUGCGCACUGUGUGGCUGUUGAAAUGCAGCCCGACCCAGAAAAAGCUUCACGUGAUGAAGAAGCUGAGAAGGAAACCUUGAAGAAAGUGAAAGCCAGCAUGACUCAGGAGGAUCUUGCUGAGCUGGCACGGGCGACGCAGGAGCUGCGGUUGAAGCAGGAAACUCCUGACCCGCCUGAAGCUCUGAAAAGUGUACCAAGCCUGUCUCUGCAAGAUAUCCCAAAAAAACCCUCAUAUGUUCCUAUUGAGGUUGGAAAUGUGAAUGGAGUAAAAGUUCUGCAGCAUGAUCUCUUCACAAAUGACGUCCUUUACGCAGAAGUUGUCUUUGACAUGAGCUCAUUAAAGCCGGAGCUCCUUCCUUUGGUACCUCUUUUCUGUCAGUCACUCAAGGAGAUGGGCACGAAGGAUAUGGACUUCGUUCAAUUAAACCAGCUGAUUGGACAAAAAACCGGAGGAAUUUCAGUGUAUCCCUUUACAUCAUCAGUGCGGGGAAAGGAGGAUCCUUGUAGCCACAUGAUUGUUCGUGGAAAAGCCAUGGCCUCACGAACUGAUGACCUGUUUAACUUGAUGAAUAGUAUCCUUCUGGAUGUCCAGCUGACUGACCAAAAGCGAUUCAAGCAAUUUGUUUCUCAAAGUAAAGCGAGAAUGGAGAAUCGUCUAAGAGGCAGUGGACAUGGCAUAGCUGCUUCCAGGAUGGAUGCCAAGCUUAAUAUUGCAGGAUCAAUAUCAGAACAAAUGGGUGGUUUAAGCUACCUUGAGUUCCUGCGAGAUCUCGAGGAGAAAAUUGACAAUGCAUGGCCUGAAAUUGCAUCAUCACUUGAGGAAAUCCGGAGGUCAUUGUUCUCGAAGGACCGUUGCCUAAUAAACCUUACUGCUGAUGGUAAAAAUCUCAUGGGCGCUGAGAAACAUAUCAGCAAAUUUCUGGACGUGCUUCCUCCCUCUUCACAAGUGCAAUCAUUCUCUCACCAAUCGCGUCUUCCUUUAACUAAUGAAGCAAUUGUGAUACCUACUCAGGUGAAUUAUGUAGGAAAGGCUGCAAAUCUCUUUGAUUUUGGGUAUCAGGUUAAAGGAAGUUCUUAUGUGAUCUCCAAAUACAUCAGCAACACCUGGUUGUGGGACCGUGUCCGAGUUAGUGGAGGAGCAUAUGGAGGAUUUUGUGAUUUUGACACACACUCUGGAGUAUUUUCGUUCCUGUCUUACCGGGACCCAAAUUUGUUGAAGACAAUUGAUGUGUAUGAUGGAACUAGUGACUUUCUAAGACAGCUAGAAUUGGAUGAUGAUAGUCUAACCAAGGCAAUCAUUGGGACCAUAGGAGAUGUGGAUGCUUACCAGCUACCUGAUGCGAAGGGUUACAGUAGGUAAGUUCAUUGAAGGUGCUUUCUGUGGCUGAAAGGGUCUAGUGGUUGGAAAUUUAACGUCUCUGAUAAUGUUUUCCUAUAUAAGAAUAAUUAUAUUAGCAGAAUGUUUUGAAAAGGAAAGUGGACGACGACAAUAUCUUUGCUCUUUUGAUCUUGCAGAGUGAUGACUCCUAAAAUUUUCUGAUAUGUUUGAACUGCAAAAUCUGGCAUCAUGCUUUUUUAUUUUUUUGUCCCAUUGUUCCUAAGAUAUUUGGGCCCCUUUUCUUUCUUUGGUUAGCUUUGUUAUUUGAGAUAUUUUUGUUGCUUUCAGUUUGUUACGGCAUUUACUCGGAAUUACGGAAGAAGAAAGACAACAGAGACGAGAGGAGAUCUUAUCCACCAGGUGAAGUUCAAUCUUUCUGAUAGUUUAAAUUAAUUGAUCAGAGUGAAGGAAACUUCAACUGUGUGUGUGGGUGAUUUAGAACCAUGUUACCACUCAAUUUUGUGGCACUUCUCCUGAAACUGUUGAUAUUUGUCGUGUUCUGAUGUUCACCCUUAUGGUUGCUAUCUACUGAUGAUUUGAUGUGUUCUUCUCCGAAGGUUGAAUGAUUUCAAGGAAUUCGCGGGUGUAAUUGAGGCUGUUAAAGAUACAGGGGUGGUUGUUGCUGUGGCUUCUCCAGAUGAUGUUGAAGUAGCCAACCAGGAGCGUCCAGCCUUUUUUGAAGUUAAGAAAGCAUUGUAAGAAACGAAUGUCAUUAGUUACUUCAUCUAAAAACAAUAACGAAAAGGGAUUUACACGGUAGUUUACUCUCUGGGGGGAAGCGACUGCUUCACUUUUGUUCUAUUUCAGUUGGCCGUACCCCAUUACAUUGUAGUUGACAAUGCAAUUGCAACUGUAGAUUUGGCUAUAAUGUUGAAAGUAAUGGAAAUUCGUCCAUUAAAAUUCUUUGCACUUCAAACUUAGGCCUUUUGUGACCAAGUGCUAACUUAUACCUGAUGCUAUAAACUUGUCCCCUGCGAUGGUGAACCUGAUAAAACAAUUGUCAGUUUAUCACACGGAAUGACUCAGGUUCAAUCAUCAGAUUAGUAUCAGAAGCCGGCCACCACACCAGUUUGGCCUGGAAAUGUGGGCACCUUUUUGCCCUGGGGAUGAAACUAAAAGUGGUCGAGAGAAUAAUUUAGGAAACCUGCGGGAAAAAGUGAAAAAAUUGUAGAGGGCAAAUUAGUUGGGCCUCAACUUUGAGAGAAUCAGAGCAAGAUGUCCAUAGAUUGGACAAAUCUUUUUACGUCAGUGUAAUAGACUCUGAGUUCACUGUGAAUAUAUAUAUUCUGAGGAUAAAAAGGGUUGGGUUGUGCAGAACACAAUUUUUGUGUCAUUGUAAACGUAACGUAAGAAUGUUGUCAGUUGUAGCCAUCCUCGGGUGGUUCCAAAAGAGAACAGGCUAGCUUAGCUAUAGCAGCAGCAGAUGGUGAGAUAGAUAAAUGGCAACAAGGAUGUGUCGAAAAGGAGGCGUCAACGUUAUGGCAAAUUGGCUGCUUCUGGUUGUUUGUUCAACAUCUUCCAAACAAGGUAGAGACAGUACCCUCAUUUUGAGGGGGUUUGGGAGGAUUGGACAAUGGUAAAAAAUUUGGCUUUGCUAAUUUUUUUGUGCAAACCAUCAACUUUGCCCCACCAAAAAUGCUUCUCUUGGGUCGCUAUAUUUGCCCUAAUAACUGCCAAACCAAAUGCUUACCACUUUACCAUUCUCUACUACUACUACUACUCUGACACUGCCAGGGGAAUCCAAUGCUCAACAUGAGUUAGCACCACCACAUGCAUGCCCUUUCACUUCUUCUAUUCCUUUCUUAUUUUUUCUUCAUAAACUUUGCAUUCCCUCAACAAAUUUGCAUGCUCCAGAUUUUCCUCGGGAUUGCAGUAGACUUC